CAAGUAAUUGAUCUUGACAUUUUAUAUUGUCAAAAUUAUGGGGAAAACCUUCUUCUGAUAUCUAACCUAAUUGUAAAUAGUAAUUUUAUUAAGUUUGCAAUUUCAAUAUGUUUGGACUCCGUUCAUCAUUUUGUAAAAUUAUAGCUACUGGUCCAAAUUUACUACACCAGCAGUCACGGAAUACAUUUAUAUUAAAAAGGAAAUGGCCCCCAUCGUUACAUAAGAAAGGAGGAAGACCGCCAAAACUACGAGCUAGACAUUUUGUAUAUGAUUUAGUUCAAGAUACCUCUGUAACCAAAAAACCAGAUAUAAAAAUAAUUUUGAACCAAUUUGUUGACGGUGUGGGAAAUGAGGGUGAAGUAUUGUCGCUUCGCCCAACAAUAGCGUACAAAGACUUUCUUAUACCUGGUCUAGCUGUAUAUGCUAGUCCUGAGAAUUUAGAAAAGUAUCAAAUUGAUGAAAGUAAACCAAAAGCUGUUUCUGAAUUUAGUUCUCCAUAUGUACAAAGGACGAUGGGAUGCUUGUCACGUCUAGUGUUACAAAUCAUAAUGAGCAAAACCCAACCGUGGACUUUGGAACCUUGGCAUAUCAAAGUGAGUUUCAGAAAAGCAGGCUAUGUUGUGCCAGAACAUGCUAUAACAAUGCCUCCAAUCACAAUAAAGGGACCAGAUCUUUCAUUACAGGAGAAAGAAUUCUUUGUCAUUGUAAAAAUUAAUAAUAAAGAGGAAGUCAACGUGCGAUGCCGAAUCCAUCAUUGGGCCACAGGUCUGGAUAGAUUACCAUGGGUAAAAGAACACUGGAAGAAACCUUUAGAAGCACUGAUUCCAGAACAAGCACCAAUCUUACAGAAUAUGCCGCUGUCUGAAUGAAAUAAUGUAGUCUGUUUAAAUAUAGAUAAAAGAAUUCAAUAAACAUAAUAAAUA